AUGAGAAUUCUCAUUAUCGGUGGUUAUGGGACGUUUGGUAGUCGAUUGGUACGCUUGCUUGCCAAUGAAUCUCAACUAACAUUAUUGAUUGCAGGUAGAUCGAUCAAACAUGCGGAAGAAUUAUGCAAUAAACUACGUGGCUAUGCAGCUACUACACGUGCGCUCCAUUUUGAUCGUGAUAAUUCAAAUAUUGAAAAAGAAUUACGGAUCAUUCAACCCGAUUUAUUAGUCGAUGCAAGUGGUCCAUUUCAAUCCUAUACAAAAGAUCCGUAUCGAGUGAUAAAAGCAUGUUUGACAACGUCGAUUAAUUAUCUCGACCUCGCUGAUGGAUCAACUUUCGUUCAAGGUGUUUCUCAAUUCGAUGCACAAGCUAAGAAGAAUAAUAUAUACGUACUUUCCGGUGCCAGUACGUGCCCUCUAUUGACUGCUGUUGUAGUUCGACAUUUAGCAAAAGGAUUGACAAGAAUACAUUCGAUCAAAGGUGGCAUUGCACCAUCGCCAUAUGCUGAUGUCGGAUUGAAUGUUAUUCGUGCAAUUACAAGUUAUUCAGGUCAACGUGUGGCUUUAGUUCGCAGAAGUCAGCCAACAUUUAGCUAUGCACUGACAGAGACGAUACGGUACACGAUAUGUCCACCUGGUCAUCUUCCCUUGUCCAAUCGUCGAUUUUCAUUAGUAGAUGUACCUGAUCUUAAAAUCUUACCUGACUUAUGGCCAAAUAUCGACUCCAUUUGGUUCGGUGCAGGAACAGUACCGGAAAUUUUACAUCGUAUUCUCAAUGGUCUUGCAUGGCUGGUUCGAUGGCGGCUAAUUCCUAGUUUGACGCCGUUUGCACCAUUGUUUCAUUGGACAACGAAUGUAGUACGCUGGGGUGAGCACCGUGGCGGAAUGUUUGUCUCAAUUGAAGGAAGUGAUAGAGACGGUCAAAAACAAGAACGAUCAUGGCAUCUAUUAGCUGAAGGUGAUGUAGGUCCGUUUAUUCCUUCGAUGGGAAUUGAAGGGAUUGUUCGUCGCAUAUUAGUUGGUAAAAAGCCGGCAAGUGGUGCUCGAGCUGCGACUAUGGAUCUCGAACUUCAAGACUACGAAAAAAUAUUUCAGAAGCAUGCUAUUUAUACUGGACAUUGGCAAACAAAAGGUUCUGGUCGUUCGGACAGGUUGUUGAUGGAACAGUUCGGACCAUUUACUUUUGGUCUAGCUUUAGUGACUAUUGCUGGAAAACUGCAUUUGAUUGUGCGUAGCUGGACUCUAUUUGGCAUUCGGCUACCAACAUGUUUAUCACCACAUGGAGACUUCUAUGAAUUUGAACAUGAUGGUCGCUUUUGUUUUCAUGUCGAAAUCAAACAUACACUCAUAGGAUUAAUUGUACGAUAUCAUGGAUGGCUGAUGCCAACUGUUUAG